AUGACCCAGGUGGAGGUACGCAUAUCACCAGUGGAAGACGGACAAAGAGCGCUACAGGACACGGUUCAAAGUUACCGGAGGGAGCUGAGAGCCCGGAUCUCCAAUAACAGGAACCAAUCAGAGAUGAAGCUUCUUGCAAUCGCCGUCGUCAUCGUCCUUCUUACAACAGCCUCCGCUAAGCCGUUUCGUGGCCGUUGGGGUCAUAAGGGUGAUAUCCGAGAUAACGGUAACAGGUAUUGGAAACAAGGAUGGGUUAAGUGGUGGAAUUGGUGGUGUAAUCAAACUUCCAGCGAAGAGGGCUCCUCCUCAGACCAGUCUGAGGAAUCUAGUGAAUCCUCUGAAGAUUCAUCUGAGGAAGUUCUAAUCCCUGAUCUAACCACACCGGUCAUGACCACCACUACCACCAUGUCAACUAUCACUACCCGAGGCAAGAGCACCCUCUCCCCUGGACCGGUGACAGUAACUACACAUCAGCCAACUGCGUCGCCCCCGGCAACCACACCAACCACACCUGUCAUGGUCACUUCACCCAUCAGUGUGACCCAGAAUAUUACACAGGGGAUUCCAACAGCAGCUCCCAUUACAGACAACAGAGGAGACUCUUAGGUCCAGUUGAAAGAGUUGAAUACAAUGGGUAUUAUAAUUUUAGGA